AUCCUUAGGCCGAAGGGGGAAAUGUCCGCUUACUUUAGCAAAAGGAGGGAUUUAACGCUGAGCACUACUCGGCCUUCCCGCGGGAAGCCGCAGCCGAGCUCCAGUUCAGCUCGGGGAGCAGUUGUAAAGUCAAACCGCUUAUUUAUUUUUUUGUCUUUGCCUUCUUCUUCCCCUCCCCUUCUUCCUCACUUGCUCCCUCCCCACGCUGUGUAUCUCUUUGCGAUAGAGGGGAGCAGAAAAUACCAUUCGGGCUCAGUACCACUCCGCAGGGUGAGCGGCAGCUCCGAGCGACACGCCCGGAGGCCCUCAGACCUUUGCGUCGGAUGCUGAGGCCCCGAAGGGAAAACAACGAGAAUUCCAACUCCAACAGCCACAAUCCGCUUUCGGCGUCAAUGAACGGGAAUAAGACAGUUUUGGGGAGCUCGGAGGACGAGAAGACGCCGUCAGGAACCCCGGACCACACCUCCUCCAGCCCCGCGUUGCUGCUCGGCUCCAACCCGGGGCUGCAGCCCCUGCACGGCCUGGGCCACCCGCAGGGCCCCAGCGCCAUCCCCGUGCCCAGCGCCGACCCCAUGCACCACCACAGCUUGCAGGACUCCAUCCUCAACCCCAUGUCAUCCAACCUGGUCGAUCUGGGCUCUUAAAACCGCGUACACGCUCCCUCCUUCGCACCUCCUUUACUCUCUUUUUCUCUCUCCUAUUUUUUUUUUUUUUCCCCUCCUUUAUUUUUCCCUCUGAAUCUUUACCAGAGACUUGUAAGUGAUGACAAAGCCCUCAGCGGCAGAGCCGUGCCGCGCCCCUCGGCUGC